GGCGAGUCAGAGCGCAUGCUGCACGGAGGAGGGAGGUAUAGACUGUACUGCACGGUCUUUUUAUAUUUCGUAUGAGCACAACGCCUUGAUUUGUGAAGAUGUGGACGGCUAUAGGGAAACUGCUGCUUUUACAUAUGAUACUCGUGGGGUUUCUGCUGGUAAACGGAAAUAACCCGGACUGUGAAAGCGGUCAGUUUCAAUGCAGGAAUGGCAGGUGUAUCCCGACUCCAUGGAGAUGUGAUGAUGAUGAUGACUGCUCGGACAACAGCGAUGAGGAGAACUGCCCAAAAAAGACAUGUGCCACAACAGACUUUGCAUGUAAGAAUGGGCAGUGUCUCCCGGCCCGAUGGAGGUGUGAUGGAGAACCGGAGUGUCCAGAUGGUUCGGAUGAAGCAGACUCCACCUGCAGUCGACAGACGUGUCCACCAGAGAAGUUUGACUGUGGUGGCUUGACUAGCAAAUGCGUGUCGUUGUCAUGGCGCUGCGAUGGUGAACAGGACUGUGAAAAUGGAGCAGAUGAGGAGCAGUGUGCUGCAGAUGCCAAGGCUUGCCCUGCUAAAGAGUUCCAGUGCCAUAAUCGUCUGUGCGUGGCUCCCACGUUCGUCUGUGACGGGGAUGAUGACUGCGGCGACGGCAGCGAUGAGGAGAAGUGCACGGCAGCCACCGCCAGCACCUGUGGGCCACAUGAGUUUCGCUGUAAUGACUCAGAGUGUAUCCCAGCGCCGUGGAGCUGCGACGGAGACCCCGACUGCAGAGACAAGUCGGACGAAUCUCUGGAGCGUUGCAGCCGCAGGACGGAGCCUCAAAAAACCCACUGCACUGCGGGAGAGUUCCGGUGCAGGAGUGGAGAAUGUAUUCACCUCAACUGGAAAUGCGACGGAGAUGUAGACUGCAAGGACAAGUCUGAUGAGGCCAACUGUCCUGUGCUGACCUGUCGUCCUGAUGAGUUCCAGUGUGGCGAUGGCUCCUGCAUUCACGGCACUAAACAGUGUAACAAAGUGCACGACUGUCCAGAUUUCAGCGACGAGGCUGGCUGCAUCAACAAAACCACCAAAUGUGAAGGUCUGCUGAAGUUCAUGUGUAAGAGCGGGGAAUGUAUCGAUAGCAGUAAAGUGUGUGACAGUAUCAAGGACUGCAAGGACUGGUCUGAUGAGCCUGUGAAGGAGUGCGGUCUGAAUGAAUGUGCUAUUAACAAUGGAGGCUGCUCUCACAUAUGUAAGGACCGGCAGAUCGGCUAUGAGUGUGAAUGUCCCUCGGGCUACAAGCUCCUGGACAAGAAGACUUGUAGAGACAUAGACGAAUGCGAGAACUCUGAUGCCUGCAGUCAAAUAUGUAUCAACCUCAAAGGCGACUACAAAUGUGAAUGCUAUGAGGGUUACGAGAUGGACCCGGUUACCAAGACGUGUAAAGCAGUGGGUAAGAGCCCAUAUCUUAUGUUUACUAACCGCCAUGAGAUCCGGCGCAUUGACCUGCUGAAGAAGGACUAUACGCAGGUAGUGCCAACCCUGAAGAACGCCGUGGCCCUGGAUGUGGACGUGACCACCAACAAGAUGUACUGGUGUGACCUCUACCAUCGCAAGAUCUUCAGCGCGUACAUCAGCAAAGCCAGUGAUGCUUCUCAACAGUUCACGCUCAUAGACACUGCGCUACAUUCCCCAGAAGGCUUAGCAAUGGACUGGGUCCAUAAGAACAUCUACUGGACCGACUCUGGACACAAAACUAUCUCUGUGGCGACUGGCGAUGGCAAGAAGAGGAAGGUGUUGAUCGACACGGAGCUUGGGGAACCACGUGCCAUCGCCGUUGACCCAAGACAAGGGUUCAUGUACUGGUCAGAUUGGGGAACGCAAGCGAAGAUUGAGAAAGCUGGAAUGAACGGGGUAGAUCGGCAGGUUCUGGUUUCAGAGAGGAUCGAGUGGCCCAAUGGGAUUGCGCUCGAUCUGUCUAGUAGACGACUCUACUGGGUGGAUUCCAAGCUUCAUCUGAUCUCCAGUGUGGACCUGAAUGGAGACAACCGUAGAGUUUUGCUGUCCUCCAUGGAUCAUCUCGGACAUCCCUUUGCCCUGACUCUUUUUGAGGACCGGGUUUACUGGACAGACUUGGAGGCUGAGGCCAUCUACAGUGUAAACCGGCUGACAGGGCAUGAUGUUGCGAUGCUGGCUCAACAUCUCAACAACCCUCUGGAUGUGGUGGUGUUCCACGAGCUCCGGCAGCCUCAAGCUCCAGAUACAUGCAACAUGGGGAGUUUGCCCAAUGGAGGCUGUGAGUAUCUGUGCCUCAGAGCUCCUCAGAUCACAGACCACUCGCCCAAGUACACGUGUGCCUGUCCUGACAGCAUGGAACUGGGCCCAGACAUGCGCCGCUGUGUGACAGUCAAACCCAAAACGACAACUUCUGCAAGUACAACCACUACUACGACACCAGAACCUUCUACUACUGUGACUCCUACAACCACCACUCCAGCUGCAAACUCCGAUACACCUACAACAACCAGUACAAUCGCCACAACUACACCUACAGCUACAGUAUCAAGUACAACCACCAUCAGCCCCACCACAGCCACUCAUUCCAGCUCACGUCAUUCCACCACCACACACACCUCAGCCACUUCAACCCUAGUGACCACUCAGUCUAGCACUACGUCACCAUGGAAACAGCCAACCUCCACCCAGACGACAGCAGAUCACAGACAGACAUCUACAACCAUCACCCACGGCAACAGCAUACAAGGUGCCAAUGGCAAUCUCUCUCAUCGCGCUGGCAGUGGAAAUGACCACUUCCUCCUUGGUAGCAAUAUAACCGUUGCGGUUCUGGGUAUAGUCAUUCCAAUAGUUCCUAUCCUUGCCACAGUGGUCAUCGGCCUGAUGUGUACCGGAGGCUACCUGGUGUGGCGUAACUGGAGGAGACGGAACACCAAGAGCAUGAACUUCGACAACCCCGUUUACCGCAAGACCACAGAAGAUGACGACGACGAAAUCCACAUCGGCCGCAGCGAGCAGAUCGGCCACGUCUACCCUGCACGCGUGGCGCUCAGUCCAGACGAUGACGGAUUCCCCUGAGGGUGAUUCUUGUAGUUGCUCUCUCCUUCUCCGUCCCUGAAUCCAUGCGUCCUUUAGUCCUCCAUCUCUCCUUCCGUCGAGGAGGUCGCACGAGACAACGCAGCAAGGCACAGAGAGCCAAAAGGACACGAGAGCACUUGCUCUGCACAGCCGAGAGCUACAAACUGGUCACUCGAGUCAGAUUUGACCCUUCUAAAAGAUCUGCAGCCACUAUCUGGAGAUGACGGGUUUCACCUCCCAGUUUUGAGAGGUAAUAUAUUUUUCCAUUUUUAUUUAUUUCACCAGCACUGGGUCUUCCGUUUUUCUCAAGUUUCUAGGACCAACUAAAAUCUUCCUGCCCAGGCACAUUUAUAACCCCAAAACAUUAGCUCAGGACAUCAGUUUUUCUAAAAUAUUAUCAGUUAUGGCUAUAAUCUGUGUGGUUUGUUAUCACAAUCACGCUAAUAGAUACGGUAGCCAGGGUUUGAUAAUGGCUAAAAUGCUGUUUGUUCAUAUCUACAGUCUAGAUCGCUCCUUCUCAGACACGCAAAAACACACAUGUCUUUUCCGCCCCUACAUUCGUCAUGCUUUGGAGAAAACUCUUCAGCAUUUAGCAGGCUGACAAAGAAGACUUAAUGGCGUGAUAGAUUAGAGUCGUAGAUCAAAGCUUUGCUCAUAUGAACAGUCAUCUGUUCAACGUGUGGCACAGGAAAUGAGGAGUGCCUGAAUAUAGGCUUCCUGUACAUAUCAACUCUCCAACUUUCUCUGUGUGAUGAAUGAGCACUUGGUUAUUUCUGUAUCACUGUCAGAGGGACACUGACUGAUUGGACAAUGUAAAAACAGUUUUUUUGCUGGUUUUAGUUAGGCUAGUCUGAAUUGAUGGCUUAAAGGGGUUUGAUGGAUUUAGAUCAAGACUGACUGAAAUAAACUAAAAAAUAUAUGUAAUUGGAGGCCCCCUGAUAGUUUGCCUUUUGCCCUGGUUGAGAACCACUGAUUUAUAGAUCUUAGAGACCAUCAAGGCCAUCUAAGCUUCAUCUAAACCAGCAAAAAACCUUAGGCUGGGUUAAGAUUUUCCAGCAGGGAAUAAAACUUGGCAUGUGAUGGUAUGUUUCUGUGUACUGGGGUGUGAUGUUAGAUCAGAUGGUUUUGAAGAACUAGUCAUGUGAGUUGCCCUUUGUUGGAGGCUACUGAAAGUACCCGAGAUUGGUUCUGGCCCGCAAGUGGCUGGUCUCGCAUCUUGAGUGGUUCUUUGUUCCUGCCACCUUUGCUCUUCUCUGCUGUGAUGAGGCAUCUUGUGUAAAACAUCCCUCCACAUUUCAAAGAAUCCUCCAUUAAGUCACUGUUUGUUUUCCAUUAGGAAGUGAGACAGUGUGGGAGUUUCAUUGCUCAGGCUUUUGUCUGUGAGGAUUAAAGGAGCUGCAGUUUGUAGUUGGUUUUCUGAUCAGAUGGGCUUGAGAUGUCUUCACUGAAGACAUGUUUCGGAGAUAACAGAUCUAUUGUCAUCGAUAUUAUAGUUUGUUUAAUGAAUCUUCAUUCUUCCUUAACUAUUUCUCACGUCAAACUAUGUAUACAGUAUGGAAAGUAUAAUGGAUAGGUUGAUUUUGGAAGCAGUAACAGUUUAGAUGCUUUGAGUAUUUUUUUUAAAUAUCGGCUCUGAAAAUGUGAAACUUUUUGAUUUGAGAAUCUCAGACUAGCAAUACAGGGUAAUCAAACUGCUUAAUGUGCUAGUUUUUUUUAGAACUGUCAUGUCAUAAAUUAUUGUUUAAUCAUUAUAAAUUUGGUUUCUUCAGAAGCGUCUUACUUAAGACUUGUUUGCUGGUCUUAUUAGAUCUGGUUUGCUGGUAUUUCGGGCACAUAUCAGCUGGUUUAGGCUGGAAGACAAGCUUGUUCAGCUGAAACCAACUGGACACCAGGCUAGGAGACCAACUGAAAUGAGAAGAAACAGCCUAAACUGGUUUUAGAUGGAAUUUGGGCACUUAUCAGCUGGUUUAGACUGGAAGACAAGCUUGUUGACCAGCUAAACCAACUGGACACCAAACUAGGUGACAAACUAAGACCAGAAA